ACCGCCUUAGAUCAGAUGGUUGCAUCAACGUUGUAGAAGGAGAAGACACCAAUGGUGCGAGGCCUUGUUCCUACACUCCACAUGGCAUUGCUCCUCGGGCUUGGCGUCUUCGUCUCCAUCCUUGCAAGUACGACUACUACUACUGCACGAGAUGCGUCGGUGGGUGGGUGCUACGGCAUGAGCGCCAACAACCUGCCGCCCGCGAACACCGUCAUCUCCAUGCUUCGCGACAACGGCAUCACCUCGGUGCGCCUCUACGCGCCGGACAGUGCAGCGCUGGCCGCCCUCGGAGGCACCGGCAUCAGCGUCAUGGUCGGCGUGCCCAACAACGUCCUCGCCGACCUGGCCACCAGCGCGCCCGCGGCCGCCGCGUGGGUCCGCACCAACAUCCAGGCCCACCCGGCCGUCUCAUUCCAGUACCUCGUCGUCGGCAACGAGGUCGCCGGGGGCGACACACGGUUCGUGGUACCUGCCAUGGAGAACGUCCACAGCGCGCUUGCGGCAGCCGGUCUGGGCGGCGCCAUCAAUGUCACGACUGCGAUAUCGCAGGCCACCAUCGCCGUGCACGUCCCGCCGUCCGCCGGCGAGUUCACCAACGAGUCCAAGCCGUUCCUGCUCCCCGUGUUGCAGUUCCUGGAGCGCACCGGCGCGCCCCUCCUCGCCAACCUAUACCCGUACUUCGUCUACACGUACAAGGCCGCCGGUGACCUGGACGUCAGCUUCAUGCUGUUCACGGCGCCGGGGACGGUGGUGCAGGACGGGGAGUACGGGUACCAGAACAUGUUCGACGCGAGUGUGGACGCGGUGCACGCGGCGGUGGAGCGGCUCGGGGUGAGCGGCGUGGACGUGGUGGUGUCGGAGACGGGAUGGCCGUCCGCCGGCGGCGAGGCGGCGUCGGUGGAGAACGCGAGGACGUACAACCAGAACCUGGUGAACCACGUGGGGAAGGGCACGCCGCGGCGGCCGUGGAAGGUGGAGACGUACGUGUUCGCCAUGUUCAAUGAGAACCUCAAGGAGAACGGCGUGGAGCAGAACUGGGGCCUCUUCUACCCGAGCACCGACAGGGUCUACCCCAUCACCUUCAUUUUAAAUUGAUCUCGUACGACGUCCGUGUCCAUGUAGGCGCCCAUGGUCACGUAAAUGUCAAAUAAAUGGCAUCCGCAUGACCGUGCAUCCCUUCAUGACUUAUACUUGUGCCGCCGACCUAUAAUAAGGCACGCGCAAGUGCGUGCCUUGAAAACAAUUUGCAGUAAACUAUUUUUUUCAAAUAAA